AUGCGACAAGCUGACGGUUCUACCCCAGAAAGUAGAGCAGCGAUUCACGCCUCGGUGUUGUCCAAACCCUGUCGCACAGUGGAUCCAAGUACUUCAGCACAGCGCAAGGGUCGUCCCAAGAUUAGAGAACUAAUUGAUAGUUUUGGAGUUUUGCACCACUUUGUUGGUUGCUCUGGCUGGCGGAGUGACUUCAAACAAGGACAUCGUAGAUCGCCCGUUCCACCCGAUAUAGACGUCACUCUACUCAGAAAGUGCCUCGAGCACGUCCGUCUCAGAGACGGAAACAGUAGAGACACACCUGCUUGUGGAAUGAUCAUAAUGUCACGCAUAGGCAAAAAGAAGGAGGUCUGUCCUUUUGUUCAUAUUGUGGAUGGUGAACAAGUCACUGCUGUGAUGGUUCCGUUGGAAUGCAAGACACGGAUGACCAUUUAUGUUCCCAAAGACAAAACGAUCAAGAAGGCACUCAUUGUUUUCCCAGGCGACAUUGCACACACCCAUCCUGUUCCACUGCUUCGUAAAGCUACUCAGGAUGUCAAGCUCAUGUUUUCAAAGGUGGUCCAGCAACAUGGCGUAUUGGGUGCGACUGUCUCCAAGAUCGAGGCAUCGGCCAUCGCAAAGCAUGAGUUCGGUGGAAAAACUCCAGCGGCCUUUCACCCUGCUCUGGCAAAUAAUCGCUUAAAACACGACUUGAUCAAGGCUGAGAAAGCAAAGGCCUUUCCCGUAGGAUUGGGAUUAACCGGUACGUCAUAUUGA